UUUUCCAUAUGGCUAAACUGUCAAUGUUUAGGUCUGUUUAGUUAAGCUUUCACACUUCAACUACAACAUCAAGUGGUAGGGGCUGGACUUUUCAAGCAUCGAUUUUUUAUUUUAUUUUGACCAUUACUUUAAGUUAGGCCUGAUUUAUCAACCAUUUGUCUUUUCUCAAAUGUGUAUCCAAUCAUUUUAGCUAAAUUCAUCCUUCCAGCUACUAAGGCUUGCCUGCUCUGUAACCUACUGUAUAUAACUCUGUGGAUGAACAAGAUGUUUACUGCGGCGCAACACAAGAACAGGCCGCAUAUCAGGUUUAUCUCUGCUGUUUCCUCCCAGUGUCUCCAUCUCUCAUAAUGACAUGGGGCUUAUGUGUGGGGGCGUGGUCAAAGAGGCUCAGUCUGAGGGAUUAUCAUUGUAGUCUGCAAACCCCCCCCCCCCACACACACACACACACACAUGCAAGUACAUGCACACACACGUGCACAGACAAUUUAGGCUGAAUUGAAUGACCACUGAGUUUUUAAGCAUUAUCAACCCCACCCCCACAUUUAUAUAAGCGAACACCCUGAGCAAAAGGGCUUUAAGCGUUCUCAUACACAUCACUGCGUCCCAGAGUGUGUCAGGAAACCACCAAGGAAACGUGAGAGGAUCAAAACAUACUGCAGAUACUGUAAUACUACUUGGAUGCUGUAAACAGAGGCGGACAAAACACCAGAAAGGCAGCUCUGUGAGUGUGUGUGACAUAAGUGGAGCAAAGAAGAUAAGAUCUUAGUGGACACCAGCCAGUGGAGCAAAAUCAGAUGGAGGGAGAGCCGGCCUAUCUGACUGGAGCCAGAGGAGGAAAGAGAAGCGAGAGAGUGUGCUGCUCGCGAGAGGAGAGGAAGAGGAGGAAGACGUCGGUUGUAGUGAAGGAGGGCCCAACUGGCCAGCAGAAGAACCCUGACAACUCAUCAGUGUCCAUUGUCUCCCACGAUGACCGCAGCUCGGCAGCCAGUGGCCUGGACGUGGCCGACCGGCUGACCUACCUGGAGCAGAGAAUGCAGAUGCAGGAAGAUGAAAUCCAGCUGUUGAAAAUGGCUCUGGCUGAUGUACUCAAGAGGCUCAACAUAUCUGAGGAGCACCAAGCAGCUGCUGCCUCAGGUGCUCUUAGGAGACCAUCAGGCGUUAAAGCCCGGCCGGUGUCUCUACUUUUGCCCUCCAGACCGCCCAUGGUGAUCUCCAGCGCUGCCUCUCUGAAGAAGAGCUCCACGCUGCCCUCCAGCGCCCAAGCUAAAAACUACAGCCCAACACCGCCCCACAGCAGUGGUGUGAAGAGCCCCCCAGGUAGCGUGAAGGACAGUCCAUGCAAGACCGCUAAACGACCCACCUCUGCAGCCUCCACCUGUAAGAAACCUCCGGAAGGCAGCAAGUCCAAGGAGGCUGCAGUAAGUGUCGGGACAAGGCGUGUGACACACUGCAAAGUGACUAUGCAGAUCUAUCUGAGCCCCCUCACAAGAAAGACUGGAUCUUCUGAGACCGCCAAAUCCCCCGCCGCUGUGCCUGUCAACAGAGGGCCCACGGCGACACCUAACAACCCUCAGGCAAGGGGGGGCAGCAAGCUAGAGGGAAAGAAGACGACCCCAUCCUUCACCUUAAACCUGCAGAAAACCACAACCAGCCAGAGCACAGCGCAGGACACAUCCAGCUACAAGAGCCCCCUCAAAUCACCCAGCCAAUACUUUCAGAUUUGUUACUGAGGGUAGAGAUAGAUUUGCUACACCUUUGCUAUCAACCACUUGAACAGAAACUGUGAAUAACUUUCUUCCAUUGUUGAUAAAAA